AUGAGAUCACCGGGAGGGAUACACGCCGCCUUGACGGCCCUCGCUGCAGCAGGAUUUGCUACUGCCGCUACGUCACCCUACAAGAUCGACACUGCCGAUAAUAUCAAACAGGCGGCCAGCACUGUCGCAUGGGACCUCUUACAGUACUACCAUGGAAACGAGAGCGGCAAUGUCCCAGGUAUUCUCCCCGGGCCUCCGCCAGCGGGAGACUACUACUGGUGGGAGGGCGGUGCUAUGUGGGGGACUCUUAUCGACUACUGGGCUUUGACAGGGGACGAGACUUACAACUCGUUGAUAUCACAAGCCAUGCUGUUUCAGACAGGUGAUCAUGCAGACUACAUGCCCAUCAACUAUACGUUAUCGCUCGGAAACGACGAUCAGGGCUUCUGGGGCAUGUCGGCCAUGUUGGCGGCAGAGAACAAGUUUCCUGAUCCGCCCUCCGACAAGCCCCAGUGGCUCGCGCUGGCCCAGGCCGUCUUCAACACCAUGGCUGACCCCCUCCGUCACGAUAGCUCGUGCGGAGGUGGAAUGCGCUGGCAGAUUCCUUCGACAAACAAAGGAUACAACUAUAAAAACAGUAUUGCCAAUGGCUGCUUCUUCAACAUUGGUGCUAGGCUCGCGCGUUACACCAAAAACCAGACGUACGCCGACUGGGCAGACAAAACCUGGGACUGGAUGGUCGGUGUGGGCUUGAUGGGACCCGAGGAUGAAGUAUACGACGGUGGUCAUGUCGAAUACAACUGCACGGACAUCAACAAGGCCGAAUUUUCCUACAACAAUGCCGUCUUCCUCCUGGGCUCAGCCUACAUGUGGAACUUCACCGAGGACCAAAAGUGGAAAGACAGAGUGAAUCAACUCACUGAUCAUGGAAUAGCCACCUUCUUUCCCGACAAUGUUGCGUAUGAGCCAACAUGCGAAGACUACUUCUCAUGCACUACCGAUAUGAAGUCGUUUAAGGGUUACCUGCAUCGCUGGUAUGCAACUGCUACCAAGGUCGCCCCGUUCAUCACCGACAAAGUGCUCCCCGUGCUCCGGCUUUCGACCGAAGCUGCCAUCACCACCUGCACUGGCGGCGCUCUUGGUCGACAGUGUGGGUUUGAUUGGAAGAACCGCACUUUUGACAAUAACAUUGGCGCAGGACAGCAGAUGAAUGUCCUCGGCGCCCUCUCGUCCUUGCUGAUUAACAACACAGCCGGGCCCGUGAGUGCAGAUACUGGAGGAACGAGCCAGGGUAACCCGAACGCCGGUAGCAAAUCAGACACUUUCAAGAAUACUCCGAAGCCAGUGACAGCGGGCGAUAGAGCUGGCGCCGCCAUUCUCACAAUCCUCGUCGUCGGAGCCGCGACUGCACUGUUUACCUGGAUCAGCAUGGGUGAAAAAUGA